AGGGCUAUGUUUGUGUAUACUUUCGGUAAAACUUAAAUCAUGAAAAACUUGGAACUCUGGCACGUAAACGUGCGCAACCUGGUCACUAACAAUGAGGACCAGCUCGCCACAUUCUGUUACGGCCACGGCGAGGGCAAUUUCACUGGGGAACUGUACUCAUGUUCACAUAACCUUAUAGUGAGUAACUUCGAUGAAGGUGGAGAAGUGAAGUGGACUAAGGAUUUAAGUGAGGUUGCGUCUCCGGAUAAUAGUCCAGUGAAUGUGACGUACCUGUCGUUGUCGAAUGCCUUGUGUGUAGGGCUUGCCAAUGGAGAGUUGUAUACGAUUUCGGAGAUGGGAACCAGCUGUGAGCUUGCUGGGGUUUGUCAGGCUGGAUUGCUGGCAAUGGAGUGGAGCCCAGACCAAGAGCUACUAGUUUUGGUAACAAAAGACAUGAACACUAUUUUAAUGUCCUGCACAUUUGAUCCCAUCCAUGAGACAAACAUCUUCGACCAAGAGUUUGGGGAGAAGCAGUUCAUCACAGUCGGGUGGGGGAAGAAGGAAACUCAGUUCCAUGGCUCUGAGGGCAAGCAAGCUGCUAAACUGAAAACUGAAGUUAGUGGAGAUGCAGAUGCCAAUAAUGCAGUAAAAAUAUCUUGGAGAGGAGAUGGCAACUUAUAUGCAGUAGGUUUCCUCAUGGAUGGCAUCAGAAGAUUCAAAGUCUUUGACAGAGAAGGCCAUCUUCAGUACACCAGUGAAAAACAACCAGGUUUGGAGGCAAACCUCUCAUGGAGACCCAGUGGUAAUGUCAUAGCAACCACACAAAGAAUUAAUGACAAAUAUGUAGUAGCUUUCUUUGAAAAGAACGGUUUGAAGCAUGGUGGUUUCGAUAUACCGGUUGACGCACAAACAGAAGUACAGGAUCUAGUUUGGAGCUCAGAUUCUGAAAUAUUAGCAUUACAAUGCUAUAAUACUGCUACUAGCUCACACAGUUUGCUCUUAUUUACGACUGGUAAUUACCACUGGUAUCUGAAACAGACAUUAACAUUCAAUAGUUACCAGAAAAUAAGCAAGAUUAUCUGGGACAAUGAUUUUGAAGUCGCUAACAACAAGAAGUUACACAUAGUUUUAACUAAUGGCCAGUAUUUUACAUAUUCUUGGAUAUGGAAUAUUAAUCACAGUAGAGGGAAAAGCAGUAAUGAUGAUGCGGUAGUUAUUGUUAUAGAUGGCAAGAAAGCGUUAGCUACUGGGUUUAGGCAAACUGUUGUGCCUCCACCUAUGGCAAGUCUUGAAUUAGAGAUGAACUCAAGUGUAAACUCCGUUCAUUUUGCUCCCGAUAAAAAUGAUGAUUCUGAUCACGAUUCUAACACUUUCUUUGUGUGUACCGCAGAUAAUAAGCUAGAGUUUUACAGACAAACUGAAAAGUUUCCUUUAAAGUACGAAUUGUUUAAGACUCUUACGUUAGAAAAGUAUAAUUUCCCAUUCCAAUAUUACAACUGGUUCUGGUUGAACCCAGACACUAUAAUCUGCACUGAAGUUGACAAUAACAACAGUUAUUUCAUAUCAGAAUAUAAUAUAAAAUCUGACGAAAUCACGAAAAUAAAUACAGAGUCUUUACCAGAACCAGUAGUGAGGGUCGAACCUCAUCCGAAAGAAAAUUCAGCUGUUUACCUCCAACUUCUUAAUGGUGAUAUAAUGCUUUACACACUUGGAGGAUCCAUGGAACCACAAGAAGUCUCAUUUUCUGUCGCGUGCCCUUCUUUCAAUGUAAUAAACGUCAGUGAUGAAGUCCACUUUUUAAGCCUAACACACAAAGGAACUAUGUAUUUAGAUGACGAGAAAAUCUUAAAUAAUGUCAGUUCUUUCUACGUUCAUACUCAUUUCCUCUUAUUGACAACUCUUCAACACGUCCUUCUAUGCGUGGAAUUAAAUCCGUCAGGCUUAAAUGCGUUAAAAGAAUACCAAAAAAAUGAAUCUACAGAUGUUUAUAAAAGGAAAAUCGAGAGAGGUGCGAAGCUAGUCAUAGCUGUACCAAAUGAAACUAGAACUGUGUUCCAAAUGCCUAGAGGAAAUCUUGAAGGGAUACAACCAAGACCUCUGUCUCUAAAAAUAAUAGGAGAAUAUCUAGAUAACUGUAAAUACUAUGAGGCAUUUGAUUUAAUGAGAAAACAAAGGAUUAAUCUAAAUCUGAUCUAUGAUCAUGAUCCAGAGAAGUUUGAAAAAUCAAUUGACAUAUUUUUAGACGCAAUUCAAAAUAAUACAUGGCUCAGUCUAUUCCUAUCUGAUUUAGAAAACGCUGAUGUUACGAAAUCGAUGUACUCGAGCAGUUAUGUAGACAAAAAAGAUGUUAAGAGAGAAAAUAACUCUAAAAUACAAAAAAUCUGUGAAACUAUAAGGACUCAUUUGAUAAAAAGGCCAGAUAAAGAUGCUAAAAUCUUGCCAAUUCUUACAACUUAUGUUAAAAUGAAUACUGUUGAAGAUUUAGAAGCAGCUUUGACUGUUAUAAAAGAUCUGAAGACGAAAGAAAGUACCAGCAAGCUACCUGUAAGUUCAGAUGAAGCUUUAAAAUACUUAUUGUACAUGGUUGAUGUUAAUCAACUCUUUGAUGUGGGACUAGGGAUGUAUGACUUCGAUUUAGUUCUGUUAGUAGCUAACAAAUCUCAAAAAGACCCUAAGGAAUAUGUUCCAAUGUUAAACGACUUUAACGCAAUGGAAGAAAAUUAUAAGAGAUUCUCUAUAAACAAACAGUUGAAAAGAUUUACCAGAGCAGUGGAAUGUCUAGCGAAAUGUGGGGAAGAUAAAUACGACGAAUUGAAAACUUUUGUUAAAUAUCACAGUCUGUAUAGGGAAGCCUUAAGACUGUUUACAAACGAAGAUUCAAUUUACAAUGAAAUAGCGGAAGAUUUUGGGCUACAUUUGAGACUGAAGAAACAAUACACUGAGGCAGGCGUUAUUUAUGAACGUGCUAACAAUAUUGAGAAGGCUAUUGAAUGUUAUAAAGAUGCCUUAGAAUGGGAAUUGGUGGUCAAACUAUUAUGUACAAGGUCGAAGGAUGAACAAUCUGUUACAUGCUGGGAGCUGGCGAACGGUCUGAAAGAGGAAAAGCGUUACAAAGAAGGUCUGACGUUACUAGAGCAGUUUUGCUCCGACAAGGCCGAGAUAGUGAAGUACGCUAUCGAAGGCCGACAGUUCAAGUCUGCCCUGCGACUCUGUUCCAUGUAUAAGCUUAGUGAGCUUCAAGAUGACCACCUCCUCCCAUCGGUCAUGGAAGAAUACACCAACCUCCAAGAGCUGGUCGAACGCAACUGGGCCACAUUCACCAAGCACAGGGACCGUCUAUUCGUUGUCCGGGAAACCAAGAGGAGCGCGCCGGAGAUCGACGUGACUUACGCGAAUAAGGACAGCGACUUGUACUCUGAUGCUGGCAGUACGGUGGCUUCUUCCAAUUCGAGGAGUUCUGGCCGCACCUUCCGAUCAAGCAAGAACCGUAGAAAACACGAACGCAAAGUAGCUUCACUAAAAGAGGGCUCUCAAUAUGAAGAUGUCGCUUUAGUGAUGGCCUUACACAACCUGAUCACAUCUACCUUCGAGUUGAGACUUCAGGGCAGAGAGCUCAACACAGCUCUGAGCUGUCUCAACAAGGACCAUGAGGCGUUUCUUCUACAGACAUGCCUAGAAAAGGUACUAAAAGAAAUGAAGGAUAGCUUCAAGGACAUUUGGACGAACGAGCUAGUUAUAGAGGCGACCAACGCCGCCAUAGCGGCCCUGAAUGUUCCGGAGGGCACGAGUGUACUGCCUCAGGGUAUAGGGUCCCUUGAACCCCAUAUGAGGAUAGCGCCUAUUAUUCAAGACAUAAGCUGGAAGCUUGAUGGCCUGAACUAGUAAAAGAAGGAUUACAUGCAAGAAAAUUAAAGUACAUAAUGUAUAUUCAUUCAAAAUGUAUUUAAUAAGUUAAAAAUGUUUAUAAAAAGAUUGAAUACAAGCUUUUAUCAUUUAGAACGCUUUUCUUAUUUACUAACCAGAGUAUUAUGUUACGACAGAGUUUUUUUAGAUCUUUAAUAUCAUAUGUGAGUGUGUUUAGUAAAACGUCCCACUUUGUCGGUGACCAUUAAGGCGACAUUUACUUGUAUCUUUAUAUGAAUAAGCUGACAAAGCGGCUUUAUAGCAAUCGACAAAGUGGGACGUUUUCCCGUGCACACUCACAUAUAUCCAUUCAAUUUCAUUUUACAACACAAUCAGGUCAGCCUAUUGGUAGUACCAGAACACAUUAUUUUGACUAAAGUAUGCCAAAUCCCUUUUUUUUUUAUACUACGUGGGUGGCAAUCAAGCAUUCGGUCCGCCUGAUGGAAAGCGGUCACCGUAACCUAUGGACGCCUGAAACUCAAGGAGUGUCACAGGCGCGUUGCCAACCUAUUAGAAACUUGCCUCAUUGCUUCCCCCAUUUUAAAUCCUUAGAAGUUUUUCGUCAGUUACAUAAAAUCUGGUAUA